AUAAGGACAGUCGGCCGUUCUGCACUCUGAAUCCAUCGUCCCCAAAGUGCAGGUGUAAAGACGGCAGCUGUAAAGCCGUCCCCAAAGUGACUCUGGGGCCGGAGAGACCGAGAACUACUAGACCAGCACCUGCAAGAACUGCAACUCCCAUCACCACCUCUGCUGCCACUACUACUGCUACUGCUACUACUACUACUGCUUCUUCUAUUACUACAACAGCUCAGCCAACCACAAUUACAACUACUACAGUAGCAACAACUACCUCUGCCAUUUCUACUCUACUCAAUACUACUCCCACAACCCCAGCACCUACUACUAAUACUACAAGUACACUACCUACUACCCCUGCCACUAUGACUACUACCACCACUCUGCCUACUACAGCUGACCUGGAUACUACAACUCCAACAAUAGCAGCAAUACCUACUACUUCAAGUACAAUACCUACUGCUACUACUACUACUACAUCUGUUACUACGACUACUUCUGCUACUGUUCCAAGUACAACACCUGCUACUACCACAACUGCUAGUAUGACUACUUCUACCCUGGGUAGUUCAACUAUUACUACUAUCUCUACUACUUCUCCGUCUACAGCGGAACCAACAACAGUGAACAACAGGAUCAAUAAGGACGUCACACACAGACAGAGAGGGGACGUGCACA